CGCAGCUCUUCACCAGCAUAUACUACCUUUCCAUACCGUUCGCCUCUCUCGGACCUUCUCGUCAACAAUGCCGGGAUUGACAAUUCAGUUGGCCCGACAAUCGAGGUGCCUCUCUCUUCCUUCCGCGAAACCUACGAAGUAAAUUUCUUCGGUGUGCUUCGCCUCACGUAGGCCAUUGUCGCAGGGCACAUGCUACCUGCCUCUCGAAAAUCUGCAGCGCGAGGCAGCUUGAAGGGUGCGAAGCCGCGCAGAGCAGGCACCGUCGUCAACAUCGCAAGCAUUGCAGCCCUCAUUACUUCUCCCUUUGGCGCGGCGUACGACUCAUCCAAGUCCGUCAUGCGGUCUCUGUCCGAUGCUUUGCACCUCGAGCUGGGACCGCUCGGGGUCAAGGUGAUCGCCGUCCUACCUGGGAAGGUGUUGACGCGGUUCGGAGAAAAUGCGAUCGCUAGCGUAGAGAAGCGCGCCAAGUCUGCGGAACCUGAGGCUGAUGGCUUCUACAGCCAUGUGCAGGACUUGGUCUGCCUAAGAGCAGCUUUUGGGCAGAUGGGUAAAACUAUGAGUCCCGAAGACCUGGCGCGGCGCAUCAUCGAGCAUAUCGACAGGGACGCGACCACCGGCCGGUUUCAAGUAGCGGAGCAUACCUCACCACGGCACCAAUGAGCACUAUCGUCCGAGUCAGUCGAUUUUGGCCGGUGCGCUUGCAGAACUGGGUCCUAAGCAAAUUUUU